UCCACGUUUUUCAUUGACAUCCGCCUAACAGUAGUAGUUUUUUAACGCCCAAAACGUCAUUAUAAAACUUGCGACGAUUUGGUAACGAAUUUUGCAUAGAUAAGCAUGUUGUAUGUACAUAUGCAAAUAAAAUAUGUAAUUGUAUUAAUACACCGAAGCCCAUCAUUUCCCAGUAGCUUAUCGCUCCAAAGAUAACCAUGUAUUGAAUGAACAUACAUUGCAAAUAAAAUUCAUCAACGGUCAGAUUUUUCCAGAAAAUCCCUUACUGCGCAUCAGUCGUUACUUAAAUUGUAAAAUUUUCCACAAAUAAUUACUCAAAAUUACAAUUUUUCGUAUUUUUUAUCUGAAUAUUUUAUACAACCAUUGCAAAACACACACAAAUUACGCACAAACUUGGUCAAACGUUAGAUUUCCCCAGUAAAUAACUUACUCUGCAACUGUCAUCAGUAUACAAAAUUGCCAAAUUAGCCACUAAAAAUUAACCAAAAUUUUCGAAUUUUUCAACUAUUUACAUACAAAUUUUUUACGCCAUGGCCGAAAUACCUUUGCCACCACUGACACCCGGGGUACAAGUCCAGGCAACAAUGACGACAUCCAGAGUCGCCUCAAAUAUAGGAACUCCCUCCGUUCUCACAAGUUUGGCGGAACUUCACGAAAAUUUCGGCGUGCCGCCUGGCGACGUUCAUACAGCUCUCCACCGGAUGAUAAUGGGCGUGGACACGACGGAUCAUUUUAUCAGUAAAGUGUUAGUUCAGUGGAGAUCUUCUCGAUACGAUAGAGACGCCAAGGGAAGCCAUCUCCUUAGAUGUUUGGUAGAUGGCGGACAUUUAGAUGCGGCACAAGCCCUGAGAAACGCUGGAGUUGGGGAUGAUACCCAGAUUCUGUAAUAAACCGGGACAAUAUUACAACUUAAUUAACAAACUACUUCGUUAGUUAACUGUAUUAUAAAUGUAAUUUAAUGGCAAAUUCAGUCUCUUAGAUAACAAGUAUUUCCGAAUAAUAACUGUUUGCAUCAAACAUUCUAUUCUCUGAUUAAUUGUAUAUACACUUUUUUUAUUCUUCCGUUACACGGAUGACGGAAGAAAAUUGUUUUUUGUUUUGUUUUCCUUAUUCGAUGCAUUUUAUGGGGUAUAAAAACGCGUAUCUAUUAAGGAACAUCGACGCCUAUAAAAAUAUUUUCCUUUAGUCGCUCCCUGAAAUUUGGAUAGCUUUGUGCAUUCCUCUAAAUUUUUGAAAAUUGUUUCAUUUCUUCAAAUUGUGCUGAAAUAAAGCAUUUCAAGUUAAAGAGUGAAA